AGUUCGACGGACCGGAUGUGACGGAGGCGAUAGGGCUCUCUCCGCGGCCAGCGUGGGCAGGGUGCAGCGAUCUAAAGUCCCCCCCUCGGCCGUGCGCAGGCGACUACUUCCGUUUGCGGGGGCGGGGGCGGCGGCGGCGGCGGCGGCCUGGGCCCGCGGCGAGGUUUGCAAGAUGUCGGGCCAGAGAAAAUGCCCUGAUUGUGGCUCCUGUGAGAUUGUGGAGGACGCACAUUAUGCUCAGAACCAACUGGUGUGUGCUGCCUGUGGGUUUGUCCUCACCGAGGGGCUCUUGACCACCACUUUCCAAGAUGAAGAACAUUUACAAGAAGUGACGUAUUCACGGAGUACUGGCCAGAAUGAGCAGCUGAGCCGCUGUAAGCUACGAGGGAUCAAGCGUGUCCAGGAUCUCUGCAAAGUCCUCUAUCUCCCAGCUGUGUUUGAAGAGACAGCCCUGUCCUAUUUCCAGCGAGCAAUUGAACACCCUUCCUUCCACUUAGUCAGCUUGGAGAAGAAGGAGAUUCUGGUAGGCUGCUGUGUCUUUGUCACGUGCCGGCAGCGCAACUGGCCCCUGACCAUGGGUACGAUCUGCUCCCUGCUCUACGCAGACAAGGAGUUGUUUGCCAGCGUCUACCUGUGCGUCCUGAAAGAGCUUGAACUGGAUGUGCCAGCCCUGAGCCUGACAGAUCUGGUGAAAACACACCUUAACAGUUUCAAGCUGUUCCAGAGUUCAGCCAGCAUCCCUGCUAAAUUUGUUGAGGACAAGGAAAAGAUGGUUGCCCGAACAAUCCAGAUUGUGGAGCUGGCCAGUGAGACGUGGCUGGUGACAGGUCGGCAUCCCGUUCCCAUCGUCACUGCUGCGGCCUACCUUGCGUGGCAGUCGCUGCAGCCCGUGGGGCGCCUGACAUGCACCUUCCCUCGCUUCUGUAAGCUGGCGGGCACAGACCUACCCCCACCGGCCCACCUGCGGCUGAAGGAGCUUAACGACAUCCUCCUGAGAAUGGCCUCCCAGCUGGCCUGGCUGCGUGUGCUCAAUGUGGACAAAAAGACUGUGGUCAAACACAUUGGGGACCUGCUCCAGCACCGACACUUCCUGCUGAGAAGCUCCUUUAGCUCAGGAGACACUGAGGAUCAAAGUGCCACAGCAGCAGGUGAUGGCUCUGAGUGUUCACCACAAGCUGAAGGGGGCUUGACCCAAGCGGAGGGCUGCCACCCCGGGGGCAAACAGAAAUGCAGCAGUGUACAGAGGCCUUUGCUGCCACCAUGCCUUAUAAACCCCAGGAAGAGACUUCGAACAGUACCUCUGAGUCCUUCAGACCAGGCUAUCACUGGAGAUGAGGCCAUUUCGGACAGCGAAAUAGAGCAAUACCUGCGGAGCCAGGAGGAGAUGCAGGAGCUCAGCAAGGCCCAGGCCUGGCACUGAACUGAGCUCCCAAGAGCAACAUGGACAGAGGAACUAAGAACUGGCCCCCAACUGAAGUAAAGGUAUGAAUUCUACAGCACAGCUGUCUGUGUUGCAGUGCUAGCAGACAUUCUUCCCACUGGAGAAAUAGGAUAACGGGGUCUCUCAAGCGUUCCAUGCUGUGGGAAGGAGUUGUAAGUAAAUGACGACAUGCUCUCCUAGUCUGCUGGGGCAGAAAAUUAAAAUACCAGAAUGACUUGCUAAAUGAGACUUUCCUAGGGAAACUCUUUGAUUUGUUAAAAAUAAUCGUCACAGCUGCCAGAAAUGCCUUCAGGAUCUUCUCUUAGUUAUUUUGUUGAAAUCCAGAUGUUCUCCAGCAUCGUCCCGGUGCAGCCCUUACAAGUGAGUCUAACUUGUCUGUGUACUGAUCGAAGGUGGUGGCAGUAGUGUGGGUAAGUAAUUCUAUUUUGCCUGUCAAUAGAAGCAUUCAGGUUUCUUGCUGUUGUAUCUGGGUAUGACCCUUUCAGCUUGACAGAAAGGCUGUUAAUCUGUGUGGUUUUGGUUAGGACUAAUCCCUUUGCAUUCCCUGCACUAAAAUGUAGGAUUAUUUGAAUGAGGAGGGCCUUGAAUAGGGCAGCCAGCUCAUUUCUCAAGGCUGCUCAGUGGCACACAAACCUUCUAUGAAUUAUUAUAGAGCAAAGUCAGGGUUAUGCAUCCACCUUUGGAAGUGCGGAGGAGAGAGAGAGUACUUUUUUCCUGUCUAAAACAGCGUAACACUUGGUUCAUUUGAGUUCCUUCCAGCGAAGUGCGACCCUGCCAUUUUGUUCCACUAGAGCUCAGCUGCAUUGUUUGUGAUUUACUAGAACUGCCACUUUCAUUUGCUGUUAAGGCUUUUUUCAAAAUGCAGUGCCUGUUUCCCUUGGUGAGCAAUAAACUCCCUGUUUGGGCAUCAUGCUACAAGAUCUAAGUCUUGGGGCCACUGCCCUGGCGACAGAUAGUGGGUUGGGUUGGAUAUCAGAGACAUCCCUAAUAAUACUGUUGGGAAGCUAGCGUUGCCCUCUGCCUAAUAAGGAAAAUAGUUCUGACCUUGGCUGUUAAAUUUAUUAUGUGAAGCUGCUGGAAUUUUGAAUCCUUUCUUUGUAAGAUUAUGGCACCAUUUGUAGAUAUCUAAGUACAGCCAAAUUCAAUAAAAGAAAUGACCUUGCUGUGCUGAAGGGUCUGUCAUUGUAUUAGGGACUAAGGGCCUAGAACAAGCAACGUCACUUCUCAGUAGAUUUGCAAAUCUUUAAUAUAUUAAAACAAAACAUAUCUGCUAGAAACAUUCGGUUUAUAUAAAAAAAAAUGCAACCCCCCCCCCCCCAACCCUUUAAACACAUUUUCUUUGGCACUUUUCCCCCGCUCCCUCCCCCAUGUAUAUUGCAAGAAGCUCUGUUGAUAUGUCAUUUGCUUGUAAUGUAAACAGACAAAAUAAGUGUAAUACAAAGCUUUUAUAAUACUGUCACAGUGCAGCAAGCAUAUAACAAGUUCAGCAUCAGCAUCAGAUUCAAAUUGUAUUAAAUACAAAGCACAUUUAAAAAGUAAUUUGAAUUAGGGGGAAGUCUAACAAGGCUGGGGGAUAUUAGCACUGCUGUGUAAGCCCAUUGGUUUUUCAGCAAUAGAGGGGGUUCAGAAUGGAGAGGAAGAAUCUUUUAAGUGCUUUAUAAUCCAUUAACUCCGGCAUCUUUCCACCCCAAAUCUCUUAGAAAUGGUGUGGACAUGAGUGCUGGCUCCAUGCAUGCCUUCUAGCACUUCAGUCUGUAACUAACCCCUGGGGAGGUAGGUAAGUGUUGAUACCCAUGUUUACAGGGGCACAGAGGUGGUGACUUGCCUUCAGCCACAAACAGGAGUCUGUAUCAGAGCUGGGCUUAGAGUGCAGGAGGUUCCUGGCUUUAGUCCUGUGUCCAAGGCAAUGUGCCCCACUCUUCUAAUCCUCCUUUGAUUUCAAGUGGGACAAAAGCAGCCAAACUAGCAGGAGAACAACUAAGGCACUGGGUCUCCCUGCUGACUAUAGGAACAAGGCUAAAAUUCUCUUCUCAGCUGACCGCUGGUCAAAACUCCUUUUGAAAGGCAAACGGGAAUGAGUGCCAAACAGCAGGACAGAGGAGAAUUCUAAGGGCUGUUUCUUUCUUCAUCCACUGGUUAGGGUAUGAAAUUACUGGGGGUUUGAAUACCCAGUUCAAUGCCUCACAGGCUACAGCUGCUGUUUUCUCCUCGUUACUUCUCACUGUGUUUCGUUAGUGAUAGGCACAUGUGGUGGAAUUGGCAGCAAAUCUGAGCUCAUGCUAACAAAACAGGAACAUGAAACUUAUUGCUGGGCACUAUUUUGAAUAGAAACUUCCUUUUUUUAGGAGACAUUUUUACUGAAGGCUCCUUUUCAACACCAGGCUCUGGGACCUGUCUGUAUUUAUGGUAAGAAGCUGCUUUCUAUUUUACACUAGAAAAAAGGUACUUGACUUUUUGUAUUGGAAAAACAAGUACCAGCCCUUUUAAAAAUUUUGUAGGAAGGCUAAGUUAUAUAGACACUUAACUCCUUCAGUUUUUCUCUGUGUGGCUUGAACAAUUGCCCUACUAGUUAACAAGGUUCUUUUCACUUAAUAAUAGAACAAGCUCUAGACUGGGCAGACUCUGAAUUAUCUAUUUACAUUAAUUUAAAUGUUUUGCUGCAAGAGCAAAACUAAACAUUUUUGAACAUGCUAAAUGGGAUUUAAGGGCAAGUAUCGAUAUCUGUACCUCUGCCCAACUCCUUGGUUCCCUUUUGAGUGGCUAGCACUCCCGCCACACAAGGCAUGAAAAGCUUUCACAGUGAGUGUAACAUACAUAAAAAAUAAUGCCCCUGCUGUUUCAUUGAUGGAAGCCCUUUUGCCUCGCAUGGGUCUUUAACCCAGCUCAAGAGCAGUUUUCCUGCAGUGAUUUUAGUGUCUGUCAUACGCAGACAAUUUACUUUGCUUGGAGCUUUUUCUUAUCUUACCUCUUGUUCAUUUUUAACUAUGGCUUUCACUUUGGUAGCUCAGUAACCCAUAGGGCUAAAUAUACAUUUAAGAACAGUCAGAUCAAAUACUUGUCAUUUCAGUCUCUCUUUCUGAAAAUGUGUUUUGGUAAGGAUGAAACAGACAUCUCGACUGCAGUGUCUUUGCAUGAAGGAACUAGUUCUGGUCUCCUAACCAACACUGGAUGGCAAAAGUAAGUUCUUGCCAAAACUCCUAAGGGGAGACUCACUGCUCAUAGAACACUGAGGCACUUCCAUCAGCUACCAGUCAGUCUAUACAUAUAUACAUACAAUAAUAUAGAUUUGAAAAAUAAACAUUUUCCUUCUGUAUAUUUAUAAAAUAGCAUUUAGAAUCAGUCUCAUGUGACAUGCAGAAGUGAUUAAAAUAAGAUUGCUCCUCAGCAGCCUGAACUGCAGUGAUUGUCUUUCACCUUAAGAUCUUAGUACUCCUGUGUCCUCUGCCCACUGAGAAUUAGAGGAGGCUUGUUGAUGUGCUGUGCUCUGACUCUCUCUCCAUUCCAGCAUCCAGGUGGAACAAGACCCACUGUUACCGGCUGAUUGACAGAGGAAUUAAAACAUUCUGGACAGUACCACCCAGGCUCCUGACUCGGUUUGAAGGUUACAUUCGACCUGCCAGAAGAUGCUUUCAGUUAGCAGUGCCGUUGCCUGAGGAGUAGGAUACUGUAGCUGCCCGGGCCCUUCAGCCCUCUAGACGGUCGUUUCACUCUUCCAGAGGCCAGUCUUCAUGCCAGCCAUGCUCUCUGCACUGGCUGGCCGUGGUGGGGGGCAGCUCUCUGCCUGGUUCUGAGCCACCUGCAGGUUGGUGAGCUUGCAGUGGCCCACGGUGGAGUUGGUGCUGCUGGGUGAGGAAGAGGACUUGAUGGAAUGAGCCACCUCGGGGUUGCAGCCGAUGAAGAUCUGCGAGCCCUCCUCUGCAGCCAUGCCUGGGUGGACAUACGCUUGCAUGGGCAGCGCAUUCCUGUACGAUGGGCAGCAGGCAAACCAGGAGUUCUGCACGUCUUGACGCCGGGCACAGUGGUGGAUGAAGAUAAAGAGCCCCAGUGCUACAGCUGUUAACCCAUAGAGGCAGCUGAAGAGGACAUUCAGGUACCAGCGCUGGGACACGGCCAUGGCCCCAAACGUCCACAGCGCAACGUACAGGAAAUGGGUGAUCAGCAGUACCCAGAACUGCACCUUCAAUGAGUAGACGCCGUCCACAUCAGCACUGUGCGUCCCAGAGUGAAGGGUGACGGAAAUGGAGCCUGAGUCUGUCAAGAGGUUGCUGCUGCCACCCAACCUUGGGGGGGUCUCGAGGGGCACUGGAGGGUCUUUUUGGUUCUUUGACUGGCACCAGAGGUUAACCCCAGUGCACAGGAAGUAAAUCCAAGUGAUGAGCAAAAUGAAAGCCACAGGAACGUAGAAAGCCCCAAGGCUUGGUCUCCACACCAGCCAGCAGCUGUAGGGGAGAGAAGAGCUUAAGAGUCUGCCUUGGCCCUGCCAAUGCUCCAUCUAGUCAUCAACAUCCUGACGGUCAGCCUGUGAAUAUAUCCAGCACUGGGACACUAUUCACAGGAAACUUGAGGCAAGGGAGCCUGAAGGAUUUUAAGCACCCUCAAGAGGAGAAUUUGCUGAUUCCUGAGACGACAAGAAGCAGACCGAGAAGAGAGCUGGAGAACUUGCCCACAGGCCCACCAUGGCAGGGUGAUGGGUAACAGUACGGACUUCCAAAAAGCAGAGUAGAAAUGGGCAGGCUGCACUGAACACUACAGACCUCUGGUGGCUAGACUUUUAUAUCCUACUCCUAGAUGUAUUCUGUGGAGGGAAGGAGCACUUCAGGGCUCCCCCUUGUGCUGGGCACUCUACACCAGGGGCCAGACUGUCCCUGCUCCUGCCAACUUACUGAAGUCAAGAGUGGGAAAAAGGAUGAAUUCGAUCCCUAUUUUACAACAAUCCUAAGGCUGUGGCCCCUAAAAUCUGGUUUGCAUAAGGAAAACAUGCUCCAAUCUAUAAACCAAUACUGAUCCUAGACACCAACUGGAAUAGAAUCCAUAGUGAGGCAGACAAACCCAUUUGCCGUAACUACAGCAUUUAUAGUUAAGGCUACCAUUUUUCAUGGCAGGGAUUGGACAGUGCCUCUCAGGUUUAGUCAGGAAGGGGUCAAAUUAAUGACCACCAAGCACAGCCUGUUCUCCAUACCAAAAUCAACACCGUAGUUAGACCAGCAAGUCAGUCUCUGGUUUCCCAGCUUUCUGGUACCCUUAGUUUGAUUUUUAAAAGAGGACUGCUGAUGCUAAUGUAUGGAUCUGUGCGGUAACCACUCUACCGUGGAAAGAUGAAUGCCGGGUGCAUUACUGUGCAGUGGGGAACAAUAAAGUAGAAUUUGUUUGACUGA